GACGUCAGUGGGGAGUUAAUUUUAAAUCGGUACAAGAUGGCGGAGGGGGACGAGGUAACGCGAAGCCAAGAACCGCACCAAGGGCUGCGGCGCCGGCGGCGGACCAGCGACUCAAACACCGGGGUUAACCACGUCUCGUCCACGACCCUCCUAGGUGAGAAUUAUGAAGAUGAUGACCUAGUAAACUCUGAUGAGGUUAUGAAGAAACCAUGUCCAGUACAGAUUGUUCUUGCACAUGAAGAUGACCAUAACUUUGAGCUUGAUGAAGAAGCUUUGGAGCAGAUAUUACUACAGGAGCACAUACGAGAUCUAAACAUAGUAGUGGUAUCCGUGGCAGGAGCUUUUCGUAAAGGGAAAUCAUUUCUACUGGACUUCAUGCUUAGAUAUAUGUAUAACAAGGAUUCUCAGAGUUGGAUUGGUGGAAACAAUGAACCAUUGACUGGCUUUACAUGGCGAGGUGGUUGCGAAAGAGAAACAACAGGCAUACAAGUCUGGAAUGAAGUGUUUGUGAUCGAGAGACCUAAUGGAACAAAAGUGGCUGUGCUGCUAAUGGAUACCCAGGGUGCCUUUGACAGCCAGUCGACGAUCAAGGAUUGUGCCACAGUGUUUGCUCUGAGCACCAUGACUAGUUCUGUUCAGGUAUAUAAUUUGUCUCAAAAUAUUCAGGAAGAUGAUCUUCAACACUUGCAAUUAUUUACAGAAUACGGCAGACUUGCAAUGGAAGAAAUCUACCAGAAACCAUUUCAGACAUUAAUGUUUUUGAUUCGAGACUGGAGUUAUCCUUACGAACAUUCAUAUGGUUUGGAAGGUGGCAAACAAUUCCUUGAAAAGAGAUUGCAGGUAAAACAGAAUCAACAUGAAGAGCUGCAGAAUGUAAGGAAGCACAUUCACAAUUGUUUCUCAAAUCUUGGUUGCUUCCUUUUGCCACAUCCUGGUCUUAAAGUUGCAACUAAUCCUAGUUUUGAUGGGAGAUUGAAAGAUAUUGAUGAAGAGUUUAAACGAGAGCUUCGAAAUCUGGUUCCAUUGCUCCUUGCCCCAGAAAAUUUGGUAGAAAAAGAGAUAAGUGGAUCUAAAGUCACUUGUAGAGAUCUUGUAGAAUACUUUAAGGCUUACAUUAAAAUUUAUCAAGGAGAGGAACUUCCACAUCCAAAGUCCAUGCUUCAGGCAACAGCUGAAGCUAAUAAUCUUGCUGCAGUAGCAGGAGCAAGAGAGAUCUAUUGCAAAAGUAUGGAGCAGGUAUGUGGUGGGGACAAGCCUUACAUUGCACCUUCAGAUCUGGAGCGAAAACACCUGGAUCUUAAGGAAGUGGCGAUUAAACAGUUUCGUUCAGUGAAAAAAAUGGGUGGAGAUGAAUUCUGCCGUCGUUACCAGGACCAGCUUGAGGCUGAAAUUGAAGAAACCUAUGCAAAUUUUAUAAAGCACAAUGAUGGCAAAAAUAUCUUCUAUGCUGCUCGUACCCCUGCCACACUGUUUGCGGUCAUGUUUGCUAUGUAUAUAAUCUCAGGACUGACUGGCUUCGUUGGCCUAAACUCUAUAGCCGUCUUGUGUAACCUUGUCAUGGGGUUAGCACUGACGUCUCUUUGUACUUGGGCAUAUGUUAAAUACUCUGGGGAGUUCAGAGAAAUUGGAACAAUGAUCGAUCAGAUUGCUGAAACACUAUGGGAACAGGUAUUGAAGCCCCUGGGUGAUAAUUUGAUGGAGGAAAACAUAAGGCAGUCUGUAACAAACUCUAUCAAAGCAGGCCUGACUGACCAGGUGUCUCAUCAUGCCAGAUUAAAGACAGACUGACACUUCAUCUGCUCAUGGACUCCACUCUCCCUUUUUUUCAUGCUUGCUGUACAAUGAGAACUCAAAUAAAAAUAAACCAAAGUUUACAAUCAACUGUAGAAGUAGUUUAGUAUAACUGGCUUCACAGAUGGCUGCCACAGAGUGUGAAAUUGUUGGUUUUAAGCAUUCUGUUCAUGGCUCCUGAGACAUGAUGAUUGGCUGAGGAGCAUUAGUUUAUCAUGGACACUGGUGCCAUGUUUAAUUCUUUUUUUUUUUUCCUUUUUUCCUUCUUUGAUGUUAGUGAAAUUUGUCUUAUGUAAAAGGAUAUUUCAGGGAAAUAUUUUAAGAAAUCUAUUUAGAGUCUUUUUAACACAGUGUCCCAUUGAAAUUUUAAUUUUUAGAGAAGUUAUGAAUCACUGUAGCAAGAUUCAGAUUGGAAUGACAAUGAAGCCUUUAUUGAGCCACGACAUUAAAAGUAUAUAUUGCUUUACUGCCUUCAAUACCAGUAUUACAUAAAUGCAUGUAUCAGAAAUUUCACAGAAAUUACACGACAACUCUUGUAGCUAAGAAAGUGAUUCUGAAGUGUACAUUUGUCUUGCCUUUUUAAAUUUAUAAACCUGCCCUAAAACGAGAUGCAUAUCUGGGAAACUAAACUGUCUUUAUGCAGUUUAGCCUUCAUGUACAUAAAAUAUGCCAUUAAUUUUAUUGGGGGAGAAAUUCCAUCCAAAAAUGUUGCCUACAGCUAUGAGUUAAGAGUGUCUGUACAGUGUGUAGCUUUUAUUUUCUAAAAUCACAGAUAGGGCAUGUAUAUGAAUUAUAAAUAUAUAAAUACAAUUUUGUAUUAAAAGUUUUGUAGUUUAUGGCAAAAUCUGGUUCUGUGGUAGGCUAAUGAGUACAGUCCCUGUGAAGGAAUGUUUGUGGCUCAUGUCAGUGUAUGAAUGCAUAGACAAUUUGAAGUUUUUGAUAUAUUUGUGAUAUUUAUCUUCUUGAGCACUGCAAUCUCACUCCCCACCCCACCCCCAACCCUCGAGGGAAUUCAAUGGGAAUGUUUAUCGUGACUUUGUCCUCUGUUGCAUUUUAAAGUUAUUUUCUGUAAUUUAUUUUCAGUACAUAAUUAAAAAUUUGUUGCAUAUAUAAAA